AUGAAUUUUACAAUCAAAGCUAUUGUGGACUGGAAACUGAUGCAACCCAGUGAGCCUGGGGUGAAAGGUCGGCGACAGAUUCACCAUCUGGGUAAUCAGCUCCAGUUAAACCAGCACUGCCUUGAUACUGCCUUUAACUUCUUCAAAAUGGCAGUCAGCAAGCACCUGACCAGAGGUCGAAAAAUGAGCCAUGUGAUUGCUGCCUGUCUUUAUCUGGUCUGUCGAACAGAGGGGACUCCUCAUAUGUUAUUGGAUCUCAGUGACCUAUUGCAGGUGAAUGUCUACGUGUUGGGAAAGACUUUUCUUCUCCUGGCCAGAGAGCUUUGUAUAAAUGCUCCAGCAAUAGAUCCAUGUUUAUAUAUCCCAAGAUUUGCCCAUAUGCUAGAGUUUGGGGAUAAGAACCAUGAGGUUUCCAUGACAGCCCUGCGUUUAUUGCAGAGGAUGAAGCGGGACUGGAUGCAUACUGGCCGGCGGCCUUCUGGACUGUGUGGGGCAGCUCUUUUGGUUGCUGCUAGAAUGCACGAUUUCAGGCGAACUGUUAAAGAAGUCAUUCGCGUGGUCAAGGUCUGCGAGUCAACUCUCAGGAAAAGGCUUAAUGAAUUUGAAGAGACACCAACCAGCCAGUUAACAAUCGAUGAGUUUAUGAAGAUUGAUUUGGAGGAAGAGUGUGACCCACCUUCGUUCACAGCAGGGAAGAGAAAGAUUAGGCUGCAACAGCUGGAGCAAGAACUCUCCAAAAAAUUGGUGGAUUUUGAAGGUGAAAUUGCAAGUUAUCAAGAUGAGAUUGAGACUGAGCUGGAGAUCACUCGACCAAGGUAUCGAGGAGCAUAUGCGAAUUAUGCUAAAGGAGAUACUCUGGAUGAUGGAGCUUCGGUAACCUCCAGUGGAUUAGGUGAGGAAGAGGGUGAGGAUGAAGAGCUGACAGCAGUCGCAAACCAUCUGAACAAAGAUUUCUGUGAUGAUUUCCUAAAUGAAGAGCGUCCAAAAGAGAAUGACAGAACAGAUGAGGAGAAAGAAUCAGAGCCUCCACCCAAACCCCCGAAUAUAUCCUCUCUGUUAGGCCCCCUGCCUACAGCAGCCAGCCUAGGCCUGAAGGAGCCAAUUGAAGAGUGUAUAGCAGCUGAUGAACCUGAGUCAGGCGUUGAUCCUCAGAAAGGUGAACUGGACUUGAAUGGCAUCGAUGACAAUGAAAUCGAUAGGUAUCUGCUCAACGAGAAGGAGGUGGAAAUGAAAACUGAGCUGUGGUUGAGAGAGAACGCAGAUUACCUGAAAGAGCAAAAGGAAAAGGAAGAACGGAUAGCCAAAGAGAAAGAGCUUGGGAUUUAUAAAGAGCAGAAGCCGAGAAAAUCGUCUAAGAAACGUGAGCCAAUCCGAGCCAGCACAGCAGGGGAAGCCAUAGAGAAGAUGCUGGAACAGAAGAAGAUCUCGAGCAAGAUAAAUUACGACGUGCUGAGGGAUCUGAACAGCAAGGGGAGCAGCACACCAACCCAGGAGGAAAGUGAGAGCAGUAACCGUGGCGGCAGUAAUAGCCGCAGUAAGAAGGGGCCAGCCCACCGAAAGUCAGCUGCAAACUCCCGAAGCCUCGCUACACCCGUCAACAACCUAGGCAAGAGGCUUCGCCCCCUGAUUUCUUCAGUACCUUCGAAAAAACCAGCAAUUAACCCGGUAACAAUCCUUUACUCAGUAUUUACGGUAUUUUAA